AUGGCAGGGCAGGCGCAGAGCAGGGCUGAGCUGCAGCAGCAGCAGGCGGCGCCGCCAUGGGGAGAACUGCUGUCCUUCCAGUACUUCCAGCGCCUGUGCCCUCCCGGGGCCGGCUACGGCUACAGCGAGGGCAGCAUGCAGGGGAUGCGGGAAAGCGAGUUCCGCAGGCUCGGAGGAAUGACAUAUCUUGACCAUGCAGGCACAGCACUUUUUCCACAGAGUCUUCUUAAGGAGUUUACUGAUGAUCUCAGUAAAAAUAUUUAUGGCAACCCUCAUAGUCAGAACAUCAGCAGCAAGCUGACAUAUGACACCAUUGAGCAUGUCCGAUACAGAAUAUUACAACACUUCAAUACAACUGCAGAAGAUUACACUAUCAUUUUCACAUCUGGAAGUACAGCUGCACUUAAGCUGGUAGCAGAAACAUUCCCUUGGAUGCCUGAAGGCUUAGGGCACCCCAGCAGUCGAUUUUGUUACCUAACUGACAGUCACACAUCUGUGGUGGGUAUGAGGGGGAUAACUGCUGCAAUGAAUGUGUUAUCUGUUCCAGUGAAACCCAAGGACAUUUUAUUUGAGAAAAACAGAGUACCAGCUGAAGAACAGAACUGCAUGACACCUCAUCUUUUCUGUUAUCCAGCUCAGAGCAAUUUUUCAGGUAUCAAAUAUCCUCUUUCAUGGAUACAGGAGAUAAAAUCUGGAAAGCUCUGCCCCAUCAAAACAUCAGGGAAGUGGUUUAUUCUACUGGAUGCGGCUUCAUAUGUCAGUACCUCUCCAUUAGACUUAACAGUUCACCAGCCAGACUUUAUCCCCAUAUCAUUCUAUAAAAUCUUUGGAUUCCCUACUGGUUUAGGAGCAUUGUUGGUAAACAACCAAUUUGCACCCUUCUUGAGGAAAAGUUAUUUCGGAGGUGGAACUGCAGCUGGCUACCUUGCAGGAGAAGAAUUUUACUCCCCAAGACCAUCUAUAGCAGAAAGGUUUGAAGAUGGCACUGUUUCGUUCCUUGAUAUCAUUGCACUGAAACAUGGAUUUGAUGCUUUGGAAAGACUUACAGGUGGCAUGGAGAACAUAAAAAAUCACACCUUUGCUUUAUCUCGCUACACCUACACAGUGCUGUCUACCUUAAAAUAUGCUAAUGGAGCACCCAUUGUGCGUAUCUACAGUGAUUCAGACUUCAGCAGUCCUGAUAUCCAGGGUCCAAUAAUUAAUUUUAAUGUACUGGAUGAAAAUGGAGAUGUAAUCGGCUAUUCCCAGGUGGACAAGAUUGCCAGUCUCUACAACAUACAUGUUCGUACAGGAUGUUUCUGUAACACUGGCGCCUGUCAGCAGCAUUUGAGCCUCAGCAAUGAGGAUGUCAAAAGGAACCUUCGGGCUGGUCAUGUCUGUGGAGAUGACAUAGAUAUAAUUGAUGGACGUCCCACUGGGUCCGUGAGAAUAUCAUUUGGCUAUAUGUCUACUUUUGAAGAUGCACAAACCUUUCUAAAGUUCAUCAUAGAAACCAGACUAUCUAAAUCAGACUGCAAGUUUCCCUCCCAAACCACCACAAGAGAAACUAUUACACAGUCUGUCAAAUCUCCAAUACAGAAUGAUCAUACUGCCAAUCACAAUGCAAAGAAAUACUCUCUGAAAACUAUCAUCUCAGACACGAGACAUUGGAAUAAUUCAUCUGCAGCAUUGAAGACACCUGAGACUAGCAGGGCUGUUUCUAAGAAUGCUAUACCAGUAUAUAGAAGUGGGAGCAAGCCAAUCACUGUCACCAACAUUUACCUCUACCCAAUCAAAUCUUGUUCUGCAUUUGAGGUUUCUGAGUGGUCUGUAGGAAACCAAGGAUUGCUGUAUGACCGAAACUGGAUGGUUGUGAAUCAGAAUGGCGUUUGCAUCAGUCAGAAGCAGGAACCUAGACUGUGUCUGGUACAACCCUUAAUUGACCUGGAGCAAAAGAUUAUGGUCAUUAAAGCAGAAGGAAUGGACCCCAUAUCUGUGCCUCUAGAAGAAAACACUGGAAGAGAAAUUCAGAUUGGUCAGAGCAAAGUUUGUGCACACAGAGUACAAACAUAUGACUGUGGAGAGAGAAUAGCAGAAUGGUUCUCUGAAUUACUUGGUCGCCAGUGUCGCCUGAUCAGGCAGAGUUCAGACUUCAAAAGAAAUGCAAAUCAGAAACAUGAAAAAGGUCAGGCUACAACAGUCUCGCUUUCUCUUGCGAAUGAAGCACAAUAUCUCCUUAUAAAUACAGCGAGUAUUUUACAACUAAAAGAGCAAAUUACUGAAAGACUGAAAGAGCCAUUACCAACCGAGGAACUAAUCCAACGCUUCCGUGCCAACAUUGUGAUCAGUGCAACAGAGUGUUUUGAAGAAGAGAAGUGGGCUGAGAUUUCCAUCGGUGCUUUGUGUUUCCAGGUUGUAGGUCCAUGCAACAGAUGCCAAAUAAUCUGCAUAGAUCCACAAACUGGACAACGAAACAAAGAAUUUCUGCAGACUCUGUCCUCCACCAGAGGUAGAAAGACAAACUUUGGCAUAUAUCUGAUGAACCAGUCCUUGUGCUCAUCUCUUCCAAAUAUCUUGUCAGUGGGAUCUCAAGUAUUUCCAGUGUUGAAGGAGGAUGGAGAAAUUCCAAGUCCUCUAUCCAAUGAAGAAAAAACUUCAGGAUAGUGUCUUUGGCUGGACAAGUUGUACAUGCAUAAUUAAGGCUCUUUAACAAACACAUUACAUGUAUUUAAAAAAUCUGGUAAUUAUUAAAAAAAAUCUAUGGAUUUGUUUCUGAUUUUAUUCUACUCAAAUUAUUUUUUUGUUUGAUGAAGAUGUUAGAAUCCUCAGUCUGUACAUACCCAGUAAUUACACACCACCUACUCUUUUUUAAACCCUCCCAUGAAUAUGUUGCAUCAGUCCUAACAACUCACUUAACUCAGCUGCUUCAAGAUGCAACAGGUUUGGGCAAGAUUUAUUGCAGGGUGGAUGACUCCAAUACUAAGUUUAAUGUUGUUGCCAUAAAAAAUAUCUUAAUGAUCUUAAUGGUCUGCUCUUCCCUGAUCCCGAAAUGAGUCCAACAAUUUAUGAUACUCUCUUCAAGGGUGUUCUCAUCCUUUUAGAGGAUCUGAAGUCCGAUUACUGAGCUUAGGCUGGUUGUUCAGUCUAUUGCAUUAUGGUAGGUGAAAUUCCAACCCUACUGAAGUCAUUGUCAGAACUUCCACUUGGUAUGCUAUGGAGUUUCCCUGGGUUAAUGCUGGCGCAGGCUGUCCAUAAGGCUUUUGACCUGCAGCAACCCUUGGUUAUUUCAAAUUUGAAUAGAGCCUGAGAGCACAACAGUAGGCCUGCUGAGAAUCUUGUGUCAAACAGUCAGUCUGAAGCAGGAAUUAUUAACAUAGAGUCAUAGAGUUUAAGGCUAGAUCAUCUCUGGUCUCCUGUACAUCAGAGGCCACCAACACCAGCCAGGACACACACACUAAACACAGCAGCUAAAAUUAGGUCAAAGUAUUACAGCCCACAGGAAACUAAACUGUUAUGUGAAUAGAGAGAGACCAAGGUGUAUGAAUAUCUGAGGCUGCUGCAAUGACAAGGAAUUGACUGAGAGAUACUCAGAUAUACCAAGUGACCCCCACCCUGUGCUGCAGAGGAAGAUAACGCCCGCAUCCCAAGAUCACUGACAAUCUGACUCUGAGGAAAAUCACUUCCCAACCCAACAUAUGGUGAUCAAUUAGAUCCUGAGCAUGUAAGCAAGAACUAGCCAGCUAAGCGUGUGUGUGUGUGUGUGUGAGAGAGAGAGAGAGGGAAUGCUUGGUAGCACCUCAGAGCACUGGUUCUCCCCAUCAAGUGUCCCAUCUCCAGCUGUGGCUUUCUCUGAUGUUUCAGAGGAUUUAAGAGCAGAAGACAUAAACUAUAAAGGACCCCCAGGCCUACCAGGCUCUUCCCCCUACCAUUACAAGCAACCCUAUCAUAUAACCCCUCUCUCAAAUUUAUCCAGUUGUCUCUUAAAACUAAUAAAAGUUGCUUGCUCUCUUGAUUCCUAUUGGGAGGCUGUUCCAGAACCUCACUUCUCUGAAGGAUAGACAUUUUCUAAUUUCCAGCCUGAAUUUGUUCAUGGACAGUAUAUACCCAUGUGUUCUUGUGCCAGUUUUAUCCUUUAGUUUAAAUAGCUCUUUGUCCUCCCUAGUGUGCAUCCCCUGAUAUAUUUAUAGAGAAUAAUCAUGUCCGCCUUUAGCCUUCUUUUUGCUAGACAAAAGAACCCAAGCUCUUCCAGUCUCCUCUCAUAAGACAGGCCCUCCGUUCCCCUGAGCUCCUAGUAGCUCUUCUCUGCAACAGUUCCAAUUUGAAUUAAUCUUUCUGGAAUGGAGGUGACCAGAAAUGUACACAGUAUUCCAAAUGAGGUCUUACUAGUGCCUUGUACAAUGGUAUUAAUAUUUGUCUAUCUCUACUGGAACUGCCUUGCUUGAUAGGAUCACUUUUUUUUGCUGCUGCAUCACAUUGGUAGCUCAUAGACAUCCUGUGAUUAACCAAUACACCCAGGACUCUCUCCUCCUCUGCCGCUUCCAACUGAUGAGCCAUAUCCAAGUCUGACCUGGGGAUUUAUAGCAGACCUCUAACACUAUCCCAAUAGAAUCUCUUCUACAAUCCUUCCCUAAAGUGAUGUUGAGGCAAACAGAUUCUGUUUUGUCCAUGGUAUCACUUAGUAUUUCUUUGCCAUUUACUGGGGUGACAUUCCCCAGGGUACAGUCUGGACUGAUGGACAGCUGUGUCCCCUCAAUCACUAACCUGGGGUGGCUUUUAUGCUGCUUUGUUAAGAACUACCACUCCUGGUCUGUUCACACACAGCCUCUAGCAAGCAAAAUCACUCCCAGCUGAAAUAUAUGAGUGCUUCUAGCCAGCCACUCCUGAAUUAUAUUGCACAGCAACACCCACAAACUUCCAGUUACAGACUUGUCCCCAGAAAUGUGCGUCAUGUACCGCCUGGCUCUUUCCUUCUGGACAAUACAAGCUUAUAGAAAGUCCAUCAUUUUAUUAAAAGAAAAUGAUAUGCACAAAACCUGUUGGCUCAAAUGGAAAUUGCCAAACAAUUAAAUCUAAACAAACACUGGUUUAGAUAAAACAAGUUUAUUAACUACAGAAAUAUUUUAAGUGAUUACAAGUAAUGAGGCAUAAAAGUCAGAAUUGGUUACAAAGAAAUAAAAGGUAAAACACAAACUAAUACCUAACUUAACAAGGUAAAUGAAUUUAAAGCAAAGGUUUUUCUCACCACAUGUUUUUACCGGCUGAAUGCCUUCAGUCAGGAGUCCUCCCCCAGUUCAAUGUUCCUUUAGGUAUCAUUAAUGCCAUGAGAAGAGAGGUGAUUUAGGGGCCUUUGUGCCUCAUUUUUAUAUCUUUUCCUCCUUUUUGAGAAUCAUCUCCAGCUCAGGUUCAAGUGACAGUAAGUCUGUUUCUUUGCUGAGCUGUAAAUGUCUCGCUCACAACAUUCUUCCUGCCAAAGAAUGGCUGUUUAACCAGGUGACAGUUCAUUUGAUUAUGUUUACACCUGGGUGAGGUGUUGGCUAGCCUUUUGUCUCUGUGGAACUGGUCUGAAGCUGUUUUCCCAGACUUGGAACAUGCCUUAUGAAGUAGAAGUUCAUAACUUUACAUACAGUGUUGCCUCACAGAUUUUACCAGGACAAUAAAUGCUCAGCAGAUUCUGAGUUUUCAAACGAUCUCUCAAAAGGCAAACUUUGUAUAGAAUGUAUCAGAGCCUUGUAAAUAGGGUUAUCAUAAGAGUACAGAUUGUCACAGCCGCUUCGUUGAAGAGCAGUUCUAUCCCGCCACCUUUACCUUUAUUUCUCUCUCUCCUAAACAGCACAAACACAUCACUAUCUAUGUAUUCCAGCCAAGAGUGCUAUUCCACCAUGUCUGUAAUCUCUGUAAUAUCUGGUUUGACCUCCUGCAUCAGUAGUUCAGUUCCUCCAUUUUAUUGCCCAGACAUCUUGCAUUUGUGACAAGUAUCUCAGUUGUUUUCCUCAGACCUCACCGUUUUCUAGAUGAAUUAAAUAUAGUCCUUUCACCUCCCUGAGUACUACUCCAAACAAUAUUUGUGCUUUCUUUCUCCUUGCAGUCCAGACCCUUACCUUAUGAUGAUCCAUUAUCCUUUACUAUUUCUUCAUUUAGCUAGUUUUAAUUCCGGGCCUUGAAGCCAGACAUGGAGAUUUUAGGAGUUUCUCCCAACCUUGUCCCUUCAUAUUUCUGAGCUGAAAGCCUUUUUUUAUCAGUUCUGCCAGUCUUGAUCCCCAAAGGUUAAUGCCUCAGGUACACAAGUGAAGUCCACCUGUCAAAGAAGUCAUAUUUCUGUGAAGACCACCCAAUGGUUGAUUAUCCCAAAACCUUCCUUGUAGCACCAGUCCUUGAGCCAUCUGUUUAUCUUCAUUAUUUUGUCAUGCCUUCACCCUCCUUCUCUAGGGACCAGAUGUAUUCCCCUGAAGAUCACCUGAGCUUUCACUUCUUUAAGCAUCUUACACAGCAAAGCAUCAUCAUCUUUGACCCAUUCCAGUGAAAAUCUAAUAGUGUCAUUCAUCCCAACAUGCAGCACAGUUAGUGGCAUUUUUUCCCUUACUCCCAUCAGGACCCUUUUCAGCCUUACAUCCAGAUCUCAUAUCCUUGCUCCUGACAGCACAUACUUCUGUUCUCUGAAUCUGGUCUGCUGACAGACCGUUGAUUCGUCUUAGUAUAAGAACCCAAUCACAUAGAUCAGUAUCUUCCUGAUGUUGGUAUCAGUCUGUUUUUUCCGCUCUCUCGCAGUCCCCUGUACAUAAAUCUCAUUUUUUUUUAUGCUCUGGUACCUAACUAUCUCCAUUGCCUCUUCCUCUCUUUGGCAGGGAUUGGCGUCAUUUCUAUUCUUCUUCACCACCCCAUCUGCUGUCUGUUUCUCGUUGUUUCCCAAUGCAGCAAACCUGUUUAUCCAUUGAACCCCUAUUAGCUGAUCUCUUUCUCUGCCUUGUCCUUAGUGUCACGUUUUUCCAUGGAUCACACGGCUGUUCUGCACUCUGCCUUCCAGAUCCUUUUGUUCAGCAGGCAUCCACAAAUCUUGAGUUGUCUGUACCACCUCCUCUUUUCUACUGCAUUAUACCUUCAAAUUCCCAUCUGAAUUUCAUCAUUGUGUGUAGCUCCACCUUUAACCCUUGGAUCUUUUCUGCCCUGACCUUUAUCAUGCAUCUAGCAUGCAUUAAGUAGCUUCCAUCAGAUACCCAUUCAAGGAUGAUAUAUCUCUCGUAGCUUCUGCAUCAUACCAUCUAUUUUGUCUCCUCUCCUCCACUGGUCACUUCUAGUGUGCCUCUGUAGCCAUCAUUGUCUUCUCUUCCUAAUCCCUACUCCUAGAAAAAAAAAGGAUGACCUUUGUGAUGGAAUGCCCCCCUUUUGGGGUACCACUGAACCCACCUGUUCCACCAGUCUGGGAUCUCUUACACUGCUCUGCUGAGCCAGGCCUCCUCUAGCACACACAGAGGUAGGGACACACCCAGCUGCAGAAAGACACAGACACUGAAAUCAGCUCUGCAUGGGAAGGUUUUCAGCUAGGGAAUUGCCCAGCACUCAAGUGCACACCCCCUCUGGAGUGUAAACCCAAAACUGUAUAGUUUUGCUCUGCACAGAGAACUGUACAGUGUAAGCUAAUUGAAAUUCGCCUUCUCCGUCAAAGUAGAGGAAGAUAUGCACAGCUUUUUGCCCCCCUCUCCCAGUUAUGAAUUCCACAAACUGGGUUUAGAGAAAACAAAAACAAGUUUAUUAACUACACAAGGUAGAUUUUAAGUGAUUAUACGGGAUAGCAAACAGAUCAAAGCACAUUACUGAACAAAUAAAACAAACACUCAAACUAAGAUUAAUGCAUUAAAAAGUCUGGUUACAAGUAGUAAUUUCUCACCCUAAAUGUUGUUUUAGGCAUUUCUUUCACAGGCCAGACACCUUUUCCAGCUUGGGCUCAGUCCUCCUCUCCCCUUUUCUCUUUGUUUUGUAGACGUUUCCAGCGGUCAUCCUGGGUGGGGAGUCAGUGAAGAAUGAACCAAAAUUAACUCGCUUGCCUUAAAUAGGAUUUACAUAUGUCAGGAAUCCUUUGUUUCCCAGUUUGAUCCCCACUCCUCUAUUAGUGGAAAAAUACUAAUAAUCCAAGAUGGACUCCAGUACCAGUUGACAUGAUCACAUGACCUUGCAGUGUCAAAGCAGCCAUGAGUCAAGAUUGUUUGCAGCAUCCCAGGAAACUUCUCAGGAAGGUGGGAGAUUAGCAUCUUCAAAGUCUUAUUGUUCCCCCUAAUGGCCCUGUCUGGUAGGUGUUCCCCAGGUGUAAACCCACUUGUAAUUGAUACAUAGUCAAUAUUCCUAACUUCAGAUACAGAAAUGAUACAUGCAUACAAAUAAGAUAAUCACAUUCAGUAAAUCAUAACAUUUCCAAUGAUACUUCAUGUGACCCAUCUUAUAUAAAACAUAUCUUAGUUAUGCCAUAUUCAUAUAGUAACACAUCUCUAUGAAGAAUAUGGGGGGUAAUGUCACAACCCCCCACCCUGGCCCUCAAACUCUCACUGAAACUGCUAGCCAGUCUUUGCUCCAAUGUUUGCUAUUGACUGGCUUGUACACCUAGCCAAACUAGAUCAUCACUGCUCCCUUGUUAAGCAAUAUUAGCAAACACUGGAUCAAGUCAGGACAUAAAAUCACCAUUUUCCUCUCAGGCCAAAUGCCCAACUAACUCCACUGUUAGUUGCUAGCUGUUCAAUGCCUUGCACAGAAUCCGAUGUAUUGGAGAGAGGGAAUGUAUCCAAACCACUGUAAAUCUGAAAAGCUCAGGAAGGCUCUUAUUCUUUUAAAGAACUGGUUUCCCAUCCAUAGCCCUACAAUUCAGUCUGAAAUGGCUGUAAUAAAUCUCUAAAUAGCUAGCUUUGUGAUGGAAAUUAGGAAAAACAUUAUCUAUUUCUUACAUGUAGGAGUUACCCUAAUAUUCAGAAAAAAGAGGUGUUUUAUGUUUAUCGAAACUGUCAUUUUUUUCUAGUAAUGCAUAAUAUUUAACAACCAUAAUAUUGUACCUAAACAUUUACUUUGAAUACCAUGGUAUGUGUGUAUGUAUUAGCUAAUUAGCUGAUGCUUGUAACAAGCAAGUAUUUGGGAUUAUUGAAAUGCAGUUUCCUGAUAUUUAAAUCCUUAAUUUUUUCAUUCUUUCUUUUAAUUAUCUGUCAUAAAAACCAUUGUUUUAUUGGAUACAAUGUCAGUGCUGUUCUGACAGAUUCCAUGUGAGAAGACCUGCUGUAUUUUGGCCUUCAGAUGAUCUCUGGCAUCUUUUUCUGCUUGACCUUACCUUUCCAAUAUGUCGUUUGUUUAAAAUGGCACAAGAAUUAGAAAAGAAAAUAGCUUCACUUUACGUGUUAUUGGAUAUACAACAGAAUACAUCACUUUACUACAAAAUAGCUUGACAACUGGUGGUUGUGAAUAGCUUUAGUACAGUGUAAGAUAACUAAGGAUGAGAGAAUUUGAACUGUAAAAAAGUCAUGCUUGGUCACUUUGACCUAUUAUUUACAAUGCCACUAUGCUUUAUCUGUCCUGUGGUUUAGUAAUAUUAGAACAACAAUCAUUUUGUAAUUUAACAGAAACUUUCCCUCAUAUAUGAACAUAUUCAACAGCAUUAUUGUGCAUUUCGCAGAAGGUGUAUUCUUGUGCUAUGAUGACAGAAAAUUCUACACUGCAUUAGACUGAUGUAUCUGACAUACGGAAUCUCUCACUUCAGCAGGUGAUUUUAUUUUUCCUCCUAAUAAGAGGAGCUCUCCCAUCAGCAUCAAGAUGUUGUUUUUCCCAUGAGUGAUGGCAAAUUAUUCAUGAUACCAAGCACUUUGUAGAAAAACUAGAAAUUAGAACAUUUUAAAUUACAUGUCCUGUAAGUUUUAUAUGAGAAUAUCCUUACAGUAAUGUGAAAACAUUGUAAGAAAGAGCCUUUUGUAGUGCAAGGCCAAGUCUCACAGUAAUGAAAAAGCUAUAAAUACCUCAAUAGAAUAUAUAUUCAAUAGAUAGAGUUUACUUGUCAUUUUGAUUGGUUACACUUCCACAUUCUGAGAAUAUAGGAAAAAGACAGUUUCAUGGGACAUAGAAUUUUGCAAAUAGGUACUCCAGCUGCUGCAAAAAUAAGUUUUUUAAUGCAUAUCUACCAUUACUUCAAUCUCUUUGUGGAAGAAAAUCAACCUAAUAAAAGUCUUUCCAGAAUAAUGUACAUAGUAAGUUUUCUAUGUAUUGGAAGACCAAACCCAUAUUUCCUUACAAUAAAUUAUUCACGUGCAUUCCAUUUUCUGUGUGGCUUAACUCCUCAAAUCUAAGGAAAAAAUAAUUAUUACACAUUCUAAUAAUAGCUAAGAGGUUAAUGGAAAUCAUUGUUAAAUGGAAAUCAGUAUUUUGACCCUACGUCUCCAAACUUUUGGUUCCUUAACAUGAUUAGGAAAUGUCAGACACAAUCUAUAGAUAUGUUUUUGACAAGCAUUUUACAAAAAGUGGACCAAAUCACAAAGUCAUCAUGCAGUUAAAAUUCCCAUAAAAGCCGAAUGAAGGACUGAGUAAGGACCUCAGAAGCUGUCUCUAUAUUAAGAUUAUGCUAGGCAUUUCUUCUUUUUCUGAUUUCUUCUCUUUCAAAAAUGAGAUCAAUAAAAUAUAUAUUGCAUCUGA